AUUGCAGUGGCCAGAACAUCCAGUAUUGUUAGAGUGGAAGGAGUUCCUGAGGCAGAGGCGGGCAGCUGUGACCCUGCAGGCCUGGUGGAGAGGCUACUGCAACAGGAGGAAUUUCAAGCUGAUCCUCGUGGGCUUUGAGCGCCUGCAGGCUAUUGCCCGGAGCCAGCUGCUGGCGAGGCAGUACCAGGCCAUGCGGCAGAGGACAGUCCAGCUGCAGGCCCUGUGCAGGGGAUACCUGGUGCGCCAGCAAGUCCAGGCCAAGAGGAGGGCAGUGGUGGUCAUUCAGGCCCAUGCCAGGGGCAUGGCUGCCCGGCGCAACUUCCGGCAAAGGAAGGCCAAUGCGCCGCUGGUCAUCCCGGCCGAGGGGCAGAAGAGCCAAGGCGCUCUCCCCGCCAAGAAGCGCAGAUCCAUCUACGACACCGUCACUGACACGGAGAUGGUGGAGAAGGUGUUCGGCUUCCUCCCUGCCAUGAUUGGGGGCCAGGAGGGCCAGGCCUCGCCGCGCUUUGAGGAUCUGGAAUCAAAGACCCAGAAGCUGCUUGAGGUUGACCUGGACACAGUCCCCAUGGCGGAGGAGCCUGAGGAGGAUGUGGAUGGCCUGGCCGAGUACACCUUCCCCAAGUUUGCUGUGACUUACUUCCAGAAAUCAGCCAGCCACACACACAUCCGGCGGCCCCUCCGAUACCCGUUGCUUUACCACGAAGAUGACACUGACUGCUUGGCCGCCCUGGUCAUAUGGAACGUCAUCCUGAGGUUCAUGGGUGACCUCCCAGAGCCAGUGCUGUAUGCCAGGAGCAGCCAGCAGGGCAGCUCAGUGAUGCGGCAGAUCCAUGACACGCUGGACAGGGAGCACGGUGCCCAGGUUCCACAGCACAGUAGAUCUGCACAGAGAUCUGGCUGCAAGGACAAAGGAACCAAGGAUAUCUCCUCCAUGAAGCUGAAGCGGUCCUCCCGGAUCACGGGCCAGGUGGCCAGCCAGCUGAACAUUGGAGAGGAGGCAUUAGAGCCCAAUGGCCUUGGUGCAGACCGGCCCAUGUCCAACCUGGAGAAGGUGCACUUCAUCGUGGGCUACGCCAUCCUGCGGCCCAGCCUCAGGGAUGAGAUUUACUGCCAGAUCUGCAAGCAGCUCUCGGAGAACUUCAAAACAAGCAGCCUGGCCCGGGGCUGGAUCCUGCUCAGCCUCUGCCUCGGCUGCUUCCCACCCUCAGAGAGGUUCAUGAAGUAUCUACUGAACUUCAUCGGCCAAGGGCCGGCGACCUACGGCCCCUUCUGUGCCGAGCGCCUGAGACGCACCUAUGCCAAUGGGGUGCGUGCGGAGCCCCCCACCUGGCUGGAGCUGCAGGCUGUCAAGUCCAAGAAGCACAUCCCCAUCCAAGUCAUCUUGGCCACUGGAGAGAGCCUAACCGUCCCCGUGGACUCAGCCUCCACAUCUCGGGAAAUGUGCAUGCACAUCGCUCACAAGCAGGGCCUCAGCGACCACCUGGGCUUCUCCCUCCAGGUCGCCGUGUACGACAAGUUCUGGUCCCUAGGCAGCGGGCGCGACCACAUGAUGGAUGCCAUCGCCCAGUGUGAGCAGAUGGCCCAGGAGAAGGGCGAGAGCCAGCGCCAGUCACCCUGGCGCAUCUACUUCCGGAAGGAAUUCUUCACCCCCUGGCACGACUCCCGGGAGGACCCUGUCAGCACCGAGCUUAUUUACCGCCAAGUCCUCCACGGAGUCUGGUCUGGCGAGUACAGCUUCAAGAAGGAGGAAGAACUGGUUGAGCUGCUGGCCCGGCACUGCUACGUGCAGCUCGGCGCCUCAGCGGAGAGCAAGGCUGUCCAGGAGCUGCUGCCCAGCUGCAUCCCCCACAAGCUGUACAGGACCAAGCCCCCAGACAGGUGGGCGAGCCUCGUCACUGCCGCCUGCGCCAAGGCCCCAUACACUCAGAAGCAAGCCACACCACUGGCCGUGCGAGAGCAGGUGGUGGACGCCGCCCGCCUGCAGUGGCCGCUGCUCUUCUCCCGGCUCUUCGAAGUCAUCACACUCUCAGGCCCCCGCCUGCCCAAGACGCAGCUGAUCUUGGCUGUUAACUGGAAGGGGCUUUGCUUCCUGGACCAGCGGGAGAAGACGCUGCUGGAACUCUCUUUCCCAGAGGUCAUGGGUCUGGCCACCAACAGGGAGGCCCAGGGCGGGCAGAGGCUGCUGCUCUCCACGAUGCAUGAGGAGUACGAGUUUGUGUCACCCAGCAGUGUGGCCAUCGCUGAGCUGGUGGCCCUGUUCCUGGAGGGCCUGAAGGAGAGGUCCAUUUUCGCCAUGGCCCUGCAGGACAGGAAGGCCACAGAUGACACCACCCUCCUGGCCUUCAAGAAGGGAGACCUGUUGGUCCUCACAAAGAAGCAGGGGCUGCUGGCCUCUGAGAACUGGACCCUCGGCCAGAACGACAGGACAGGCAAGACGGGACUGGUGCCCAUGGCCUGCCUCUACACCAUCCCCACGGUCACUAAGCCCUCGGCACAGCUGCUGAGCUUGCUUGCCAUGUCACCAGAGAAGAGGAAGCUGGCGGCUCAGGAGGGACAGUUCACAGAGCCAUGUCCUGAGGAGCCACCAAAGGAAAAGCUGCACACCCUGGAGGAGUUCUCCUAUGAGUUCUUCAGGGCUCCAGAGAAGGAUAUGGUGAGCAUGGCCAUGCUGCCCCUGGCCCGUGCCCGUGGCCACCUGUGGGCCUAUUCCUCCGAGCCGCUGCGACAGCCGCUGCUCAAGCGAGUCCACGCCAACGUCGACCUCUGGGACAUCGCCUGCCAGAUCUUUGUCGCCAUCCUCCGGUACAUGGGCGACUACCCUUCUCGGCAGGCCUGGCCCACCCUGGAGCUCACCGACCAGAUCUUCACACUGGCCCUGCAGCACCCGGCCCUGCAGGACGAGGUCUACUGCCAGAUCCUGAAGCAGCUGACGCACAACUCCAACAGGCACAGCGAGGAGCGGGGCUGGCAGCUGCUGUGGCUGUGCACGGGCCUCUUCCCGCCCAGCAAGGGGCUGCUGCCCCAUGCGCAGAAGUUUAUAGACACUCGGAGGGGGAAGCUGCUGGCCCCCGACUGCAGCCGCCGAAUCCAGAAGGUCCUGAGGACAGGGCCCCGGAAGCAGCCCCCGCACCAGGUGGAGGUGGAGGCCGCAGAGCAGAACGUCUCCCGUAUCUGCCACAAGAUCUACUUCCCCAAUGACACCAGCGAGGUGCUGGAGGUGGUUGCCAACACACGGGUACGGGAUGUGUGUGACAGCAUUGCCACCAGGCUGCAGCUGGCCUCCUGGGAGGGCUGCAGCCUCUUCAUCAAGAUUUCAGACAAGGUCAUCAGCCAGAAGGAGGGAGACUUCUUCUUUGAUUCCUUGAGGCAGGUGUCUGACUGGGUGAAGAAGAACAAGCCCCAGAAAGAAGGGGCCCCCGUGAUGCUCCCCUACCAGGUGUACUUCAUGCGGAAAUUGUGGCUCAACAUAUCCCCAGGGAAGGAUGUGAAUGCAGACACCAUACUCCAUUACCACCAGGAGCUGCCCAAGUACCUGCGUGGAUUCCACAAGUGUUCGCGGGAGGACGCCAUCCACUUGGCGGGCCUCAUCUACAAGGCCCAGUUCAACAACGACCGGUCCCAGCUGGCUAGUGUCCCCAAGAUCCUGAGGGAACUGGUGCCUGAGAACCUCACACGCCUGAUGUCCUCGGAGGAGUGGAAAAAGAGCAUCCUUCUAGCCUAUGACAAGCACAAGGACAAGACAGUGGAGGAGGCCAAGGUGGCCUUCCUGAAGUGGAUCUGCCGGUGGCCCACCUUCGGAUCCACCUUCUUCGAGGUGAAGCAAACCUCGGAGCCUUCCUACCCGGACGUCAUUCUCAUCGCCAUCAACCGACAUGGGGUUCUGCUCAUCCACCCCAAGACCAAGGACCUGCUCACCACCUACCCCUUCACCAAGAUCUCCAGCUGGAGCAGCGGCAGCACCUACUUCCACAUGGUGCUGGGGAGCCUGGGCCGUGGCAGCCGCCUGCUGUGCGAGACCUCCCUGGGCUACAAGAUGGACGACCUGCUGACCUCAUAUGUGCAGCAGCUCCUGAGUGCCAUGAACAAGCAGCGGGGCUCCAAGGCCCCAGCCCUGGCCAGCACCUAGCAGCGGAUGCUGUCGUGUCUGCUCAGGCGCCCUUCCCGACCUCUAGCCUGGCGGCACCUUCCCAGGCCCUCUCAACCCAGGGCCUGUCCUCAGCAGGCAGCCUUCCAUGCUGCCCCCCAUACAAAGCCCACUCAGCCCCGCAGGCGGCCCCCUCUGUCCUGGGCGCUGCCCAGGGAGGCCAAAAGACGGGCCCAGAAUGGGGUCGGGAGUCUCGGACCCCCCAGGCUAUUGGUGGAUGGCUGAGAGGACACCUCCCAACCCCACCCCACCAGAAUGUUCAAUAAAAACUCCUGGAGCAGGA